CACAACUACUGAAGCCUGCGUGCCUAGAGCCCGUGUUCCACAAUAAGAGAAGCCACUGCAAUGAGAAGCCUGUGCACCGCAACUAAGAGUAGCCCCUGCUCGCUGCAACAAGAGAAAGCCUGCACAGCAACGAGGACCCAACGCAGCCAAAAAUUAAAUAAAUAAGUAAAUAAAUUUAAAUGAAUUUAAAUAAAUAAAUUUAAAUAAACAUUCCGAUUAUAUCAUUUUAAAAAAAAGAUAAACCUGAAGAGAUUCAGAAUGCAGUACAGAGAGACAAUAAAGUGGAAAAUAUAAAAGAGGUUAAUAAAGGGGAAAUUUUUAAGAGAAAACACAGAACACUUUCAAAGGGUUAUCAGGUUUCAAUAACAAUAAUGGAAAUAGAGAUCAUGAAAUGAUGUACUCAGUGAAAAUAAAUCUAGAAGCUGUGACCUGCUCUAGUUCAACCCAGAAUUCUAUAGCUAGCAAAAAAUAACUUUCAAGAACAAGGGCAAAAUAAAGACAUGCUCAGAGAAAUCCGAAAGUUCACUAGCAGACCACUUUUUUUUUUAACUGAAGUAUAGUUGAUUUACAGUGUUGUGUUAAUUUCUCCUUUUUAGCAAAGUGAUUCAGUUACAUGUAUUCUUUUUCAUAUUCUUUUCCAUUAUGGUUUAUCACAGGAUAUUGAAUAUAGUUCCCUGUGCUAUAUAGUAGGACCUUGUUGUUUAUCCAUUCUGUAUAUAAUACUUUGCCUCUGCUAACCCCAAACUCCCACUCCAUCGCUCCCCCAUCCCCCUAGCAGACCAUUUUAAGUAGAAGGAAAGUGGUCAUUGAAAGUCUGAGAUUCAAAAAGGAAUGAUGAUCAAAGACAGUGAACUGUAAGAGUAAAUGGGUCCAAUAAUUGGAAUGACUCCAGAAAAGAGAGCUGAAACUCCAGGAGCUGAAAAGGUUGCAGGAUUAAGCCAGAUUUACAAAAUGGGAAGCUUGCCUGAAGCUGUUGAUGCUGCCAGGCCAAAGGCCACUCUAGUGAACAGUGAGUCAGCAGAUGAUGAACUCACAAACUUGAACUGGCUUCACGAAAGUACUAAUCUCCUAACAAACUUCAGCUUUGGAAGUGAGGGUCUUCCAAUUGUUAGUCCAUUGUAUGACAUAGAGGGAGAUGAUGUGCCAUCCUUAGGACCGUCGUGCUAUCAGAACCCAGAAAAAAAAUCAGCAACUUCAAAACCCCCAUACUCCUUUAGUCUUCUCAUUUAUAUGGCUAUUGAACAGUCUCCAAAUAAAUGUUUGCCUGUCAAAGAAAUUUAUAGCUGGAUACUGAACCGCUUCCCAUAUUUUGCAACCGCACCAACAGGCUGGAAGAAUUCUGUUCGACAUAAUCUGUCCCUGAAUAAAUGUUUUCAGAAAGUGGAAAGAAGCCAUGGCAAGGUUAAUGGAAAAGGCUCCUUAUGGUGUGUUGAUCCAGAAUAUAAACCCAACCUUAUGCAAGCACUGAAGAAGCAACCUUUUCCCUCAAAAUCAACAUUUUACACCCCUCCUGCAUCACCACAAAGUGGUUCUUUAUCACCUCACUACUUAAGCUCUGUACUCAAGCAGAACCAGGUGCGAACUCUCAAAGAAUCUGAUAUUGACGCUGCCACUGCAAUGAUGCUUUUAAAUACUUCUAUAGAACAAGGAAUUUUGGAAUGUGAGAAGCCUCUUCCUCUUAAAACAGCAGUGCAAAAAAAAAGGAGUUAUAGCAAUGCAUUUAAUCAUUCCAGUGCUCUGCGAUUACACGAGAGUGAUUCUUUAGCCACCAGCAUUGAUCCAAAAGAAGACCACAAUUACAGUGCAAGUAGCAUGACAGCACAGCGUUGUGCAUCCAGGUCUAGUGUGUCUUCCCUGUCUUCUGUGGAUGAGGUAUAUGAAUUUAUCCCAAAGAGUAGCCAUGUAGGAAGUGAUGGCAGUGAAGGAUUUCACAGUGAAGAAGAUACAGACGUUGAUUAUGAAGAUGAUCCUCUUGGAGACAGUGGCUAUGCAUCACAGGCUUGUGCAGAUACCUCUGAAAAAGGGCAGCCAGACAAAAAGAUGCGAAAACAGUCGUGUCAAGAAAUUGAUGAGGAGCUCAAAGAGGCAGCUGGAUCUCUGCUCCACCUUGCUGGAAUUCGUACAUGUCUAGGUUCCCUAAUAAGUACUGCAAAGACACAAAAUCAAAAGCAGCGGAAAAAAUAGAAAUACUUAUUAGUGUGAAAUUAUUUUUAAAUGUGGCAAUACUCUUCUACUUAAUUCUUUACAAGGGAUAUCAAAGCCAUAAUGGACUUCUUUUGUUUCAGGGUGGGGGAGGGGUGCUAAUUACCUGUUUAUUUCUAAACACUUUUGUUUUUUAAAUUUUUAUUAAAUAAUUGCUGUUAGGAUCAUGCCCAAUCAUAAAUAUGAUGUGAAGUCCUAAAAGCAUAAUUUCUGUGAUAAGUGUGAUAAGAUUUGGAAAUAUUAUGUAAAAAAAAUCCCCAGCCUCUGUCUUAAACUUGUAGGGAAAAUCUUUUAUUCUAUUAAUGUGUCCAAAUAUAUGAAUUGGCAACUCUGUAACAUAUUUUUUUCAUUUUCUCUUCCAAUCUGUAAUUAAUUAUAGUUGCUGAUCCAGCUAAAAAUUUUGCUGCUUUCUUUCUCACAUACUCCUCUCUUGACACAAUGCAAUCCAGUAGGAUGAGAUUUCAAUUUUUUAUUUUGUCUUAGUUUUUGUUUUUAAUUAUUUUUUGUUGACACGUGAACAAAGUUGAAUAUAAAUUGGAAAAGAUCCUAGAUGGCUAGAAAGUUCCUUUUGGAUACAUAGGCAGUACAGCAAAAAUUCUAAGAUUUAGAAAAGGCAAUUUUGUGAUGUAAUUUCAUUUAAGAACCCUGUAAUUCCUAUUACUGUAUUAUCUUUGAAAUUUUUUAACUUCCCAGAUAUUGCAUAGCAUUUAUUGGAGCCAUUUCUUCUUUCCCAAAGUGCUUUGCAACCAUUGUUUGAAUUUUAGCCACUAACUGUCUUUGUUGAGGAGAAACUAUCCAAUGAGAGGAUAUAGCCAUAGAGUGUAUUAGGAAGUUAACACCCAUUUUGGCACACUUCUGCAAUAAGAGGAUCUUUCAUUUGCUUGUUAAAUGUCCUGCAUUCUGAGAAUCUUGUAGUACGAAUGGAGUGUAAUCUAAUAUAAACACUUUGAAUACGUAUUACUUAUGUUAUCGUAAAUAAAGGUAGAUCAUUUAGGAAAAAAAUUCUGCCCAAACUUUGUAUGAAUUAAAUUUGUAUGUGCACCCAGUUAAGGUAAAGGAUUUAACAAAACUAUAGAGACAAAAUGCCUUCGUGGAUUUCAAAAUUCGUAUAAAAUUAAAUCUUAUAUAAUACAUCCUUUUGAGGAGGCAGUGUAAUACCUAUUAUGUGCCAUUAAAUCCAUGCUAAAAGAUUUUGUUACUGUUCGAAAUGUGUAUUGACCAAGGCCUUUUUCAGUAUUUGAACAAAUCUGCUUGUAUGAUACAUUUUUUCAUAUCAUUUAUAUAAUGUGACUAUAUCAUUCAAAAGGAACAGGGAUACUAAUAAAACUCAACUUAUUCACUAUAUAUUUUUUUACAACGGCAGGAGCAACUUUCCAAAAGUUCAGUCUUAUCUCAUGCUACAUCCUGUUUCAUAGACAAUGACCUUGUUUUCAUUUUCUGAUAAUUUCAUAUAUACAUAUACAUACACACAUAUACGUACAUACACACAUAAGCUCACGAUUUUGGUUUGUUACUUUCAGCUACUUCUAUGACAAUAAAGCAUUUUCUUGGAUUUUUUUUAAACAAAUAUUUUUAACUUGUAGAGUUUAUUUGGGCAAAACUGAAACGAGAAGCAUAAUGAAAACGUCUUUUUCAGUUGGCAAGACUUUAAGCCAGGGAUAACAUUAAUAUUACCUGUCCUGUUCCCAUGUUAAUUGUAAUUGAACCUGGAUAGCCACAUUUAUAGAAUCGGUGCUGUUGAAAAAUAGUAAUCUUUCAAUGUGUUGAUAAUGAAUAAGUGUGCAGGAUGAGGUAUUGGAUUUUUUUGUUCUUCGUAUAUGUCACAUCUGCUACAGAAAAUGGCUAACCCAAGUUAACAUCUUUUACUGUAGACAGUGCUUAUAACACCAGAAAUUGUUUUUACCAUGGUAUAAGUAGUACCGAGAUUAUAAAAAUCAUUUUAAUAACAAAAUGUUUUUAAGCUAUUUACUGUGGCCCUCUGUAUAGACCUUAUUAACAGUGUUUUAAUGAUCUGGUUCCAAUUUAUCUUGUUCAGCUGAAAUUCUGUACCGCAAAUGUUCUGUCUGGUUCCAGUCCAUUAGAUAAUUAGUAUUUGUGAAGUAAAGGAAAGUAAGAUAAGGAGGGGGAAAGUCCUUCCCAGUUCAAAUAGAGAUCUUCAAAGUUAUUUUUGUUUUAAUAUAAAUAACAAUAACUCUUUAAACUUGAUUUUCUCUCCCUCUUCAUUGUACUCUUCCCACAAAUUUAAAAGUUAAAAGUUCUGUUCAUCACUAGCAAGGUCAAUAAACUUUCACACUAAAACCUAACAGGAAGAAGUUAUAGGAUAUUUUAUAUUGAAUUCUUAUAUAGAAUUCAGUGCAUCACUUUCCAUUUGCUGAUUUACCAAGGCAGUUAUUUUUAAGGUGAAGAACCUUUUUAAUUAUGGUCCACCAUUAAUACUUCCAUAGACAUCCCAUUCCUCAGGUUUGUUGAGAUAAAAACAUAGCUAAUAACCACCCAGUUAAGGAAAGUCAUUUCAAGUUCUAUGGACUGGAAAUUGUAUUUCUAAGAAUAUAUUACUAGCAAAUUUUACUAUAAUAAAAACAACUUGGCAAUCCUGGAGAGAUUUUAUAUUUUAAAACUGUGACUUAAACUAACAUAUAAUUUGCCUUGCAUCAAUAUAAAUUGUAACAACCGAUUCCAGUUUAUAAUAGAUCCCUAGUAGAAGUUUUAACAGUUAAUCUUCAUCUUUCACAUCCCAAAUAGAAUCAGUGUUUCAUGAAUAUGUAUUUUUGAAAUUGAUUUGUGCAAUAUAUUACUAAGUUAGUUCAUGUUUUAUUUUACUUUUCAAAUUCAGAGAAAGAAAGUAUUACAUGGAGAAGCUAAUUAUUGGUGGAUCACCUCCUUUUCUCCACCUUUGAGCCUUUCAUGUCCUCCUUGUAACCAAUGUGACUUCUCUUAACUCAGAUUCCUUUGUAUAUAGUAAAGUUUAGAAUAUAUAUAUUUUUUCUUUUGCUACUUUCUGAGGCAUUAUGUAAAGUGUCAUACUGGGUCGUCAGUUAAAUAUAUGUUAGCACGAAUUCAAAACUAGAGAAAGUUUUAAGGGGGGAAUGUGUGUGUCUUCGUAGACCAGGAGGCCUUUCCCAGCAAUUUAAGCAACAGGUGUGAAUACUUCACAAAGCUGUGAAGACUAUUGUCUUAAAUACUACAGUAACUUAAGAACCUUUUGUGAAGACCAUAGCAUUUAAUUAAGAAACUUUGAGGCUUUCUAGUUUACAUAUAUUUUAUAGUUUUUUGUUAGUUUGAAAUGUUAUAUAAGCUUUGAUUUAAACAAAGUUUGCUUUAGUAUGUUAAUGAUGUAGUCAAAAUAUUUAUUGAAAGACAAAGUAGAGUAUUUUAAUGUUAUACCUGCCAUUUUUUUAAAAGCACAUUUUUUGCAUCUAACUGCCAGUGCCAUUGUCAAAACUUGUUUUUAAAAUUGUUGUACAUUUCUUAUUAAACUAAGUGCUUAAUUUUAAAGUAUUAUGUUGCCAUUACAUAGUGUAUAAAAAUGUAUAAUUGCCAAUUCAUUGUAACUAUUAUUUAUUUUUAAGUGAAAGAAUGCUGAUUCAAGAAAUUUGAGUUAUUAAACUGUCCUUAUCCUCUUUUCUAAUGUAGCAUAAAAAUUACCGAGUUUGAGUUAUAAUUGCCAGUAAGUAGAUGACCAGUCCAAGUGUACCACUUCUCAGUUGCCAGUCUUUGCUCAUAUUAAAAACAACUUAACAAAUGUUUAGUUUUUGUAUCUAACCUCUGAUUAUUAAAUUGUUUAUAAAGUUUAUUUUUACCAAAGAGAUGCAAUUCAUUAUGAUAAAGUAUUACAGAAUAAACCUUGUUUUAUAACGUA